UCCGCCUCUUACUAUGAGCUGCCACCAAGGAUUCGAUACUGCUGCACUGGGGCUCAUGCCAGCGACUUGGCUGCCAGGUGCAGCUUUCCAACUCUCAGACAGCCCCCCCUUCACAGGCCCCACUGCACCUGCUCCUGAAUGAGGCCAACUCCCAGCCAAGCCCAGGGCACGUCGGCUAUACUAAGCUUUGGAUUUUUCUUGCCUUCCUUGGAGAUGCUCCGAGGGGAAGCGGCACCGUGCAUCUUGGAACAAGUCUGCUUCUGCUAAUGCAAAUGUAGUCUUGGUUAAUGCAGACAGACUGUCAACUUCAGCAGUCAGGAGGAGAAGGAGAAAGGGGGGGAUAAUUUCCCAUCUCAGAGACCAAUGAAGAAUUUCAAUAGAAUGCUUCGACUUCAGAAAUGAGAUCGUUUUGAGCAAACGGAGGCUUCUCACCUUCCCAGGCAUCUAUGCAACCCCCAUGCUCUGCAGGUGGGAUCCAACACACAGAAGGACGAGGAUACAGUUGGGCUUUCUAGGACGAGGGAAGGAAUCUGCAUAGAAGACGCUGAGAAGUAAGAUCAGGAGACAAUCACAGCCAGUCUGUGUGGCCCACUCCGCCUGGAGCAACCGCAGUUGAUGGAGAGCUGGUGACCCCGUGCCUGGUGGCCCUCUGCUGCCAACUCCCAGAAGAGGCCAUGUUCUGCGGCAUCUGAAGGCUUCAAGUACCUUCCACAGCCCCAGGCAAGAGAAAGAUGGGGAACAGCCUGAAAUCCACACCUCCACCUUUGGAGAGGCCAUUACCUGGCACCGAGGGACUUGAGAGCGACUUCCUGGCUGUGCUGAAUGACUAUCCAUCUCCUGACAUCAGCCCCCCAAUAUUCCGGAGAGGAGAGAAACUGCGUGUAAUCUCUGAUGAAGGGGGCUGGUGGAAAGCCAUUUCUCUCAGCACCGGACGGGAAAGUUAUAUUCCAGGAAUGUGUGUGGCCAGAGUGUACCAUGGCUGGCUGUUUGAAGGCCUGGGCAGGGACAAAGCCGAGGAGCUGCUCCAAUUGCCAGACACGAAGAUUGGUUCCUUCAUGAUCCGAGAGAGUGAAACGAAGAAAGGUUUCUACUCGCUGUCGGUAAGACACAGGCAGGUGAAGCAUUACCGCAUCUUCCGCCUGCCCAACAACUGGUACUACAUCUCACCACGGCUCACCUUCCAGUGCCUGGAGGACCUGGUGACUCAUUAUUCUGAGGUGGCUGAUGGUCUAUGCUGUGUGCUCACCACACCCUGUCUGGCACAGAACACACCUGCAUCGACAGCUGGCUCAUCACCGUGCACCACCUCUGGUUCACCUGUCACCUUGCGCCAGAAGACCUUUGACUGGAAGAGGGCAUCCAGAUUGCAGGGCGAUCCAGAGGGGGCAGAGAACCCACUCAGCGUGGACGAAUCCCUUUUCAGCUAUGGUCUCCGGGAAAGCAUCGCAUCGUACCUGUCUCUGACAGGAGAUGACACCAGCUCCUUUGACAGGAAGAAGAAGAGUCUCUCCCUAACUUACGGUGCGAGCAAACGUAAGAGUUCCUUCUUCGCAGCUCCCCAGUACUUUGAAGAUUAAUACCCUGGCUGGUAUGCAAAAGACAAAGGUUUAGACUGCCACCUGUGGUCAAACCAGAGUUCUCUACUCCCUGGUCAUCUUGUGUCUUCGAGAAACAAAUGGAAGUCGUGCAGAGACUGCCUUUACACAGUGACCAGAGGAACUCUUCCCUGGUGUCUGAUCAGUCCUGUGGAGCCAGAUCAUGUUUGAAUCACGAUAUAACGAGGCAGAGCUUCAAAGAGCCGUGUGUGUAUGAGUGUGUGUGUGUAAGACAGAACACUCUUGAAAGAGAGUGCGUGGAGACUGUCUCCAGCUCACAGUCCAAAUGGUCCAUCUCUGAGACCCUGCGGAUAGCAUCCAUCCGAGAAAGAGCAUGAGGAAGAUGGCUUCUUAGGUAUGCAGAAUGACCUCUACGUGGAGCAGAGUGACCUUUAAAGGACCAGUGAGACCUUUGGCCUAUGUCUUCUCUCUUCCUAAGGGACCUGCGACACUAAACACUAUCCAGAAGAACUUACAGCUCUGAUCCAAGCGGGACCUUCUGCAUUCAGGUGCACCAAAGCCGCAUGGGUAGGAGUCAUGGGAGAAUGUAGGUCAGUGAAGGGGUAGCUGGGGAAGGCAGGUUUCAGCUCUACUGCACGAACUUCUGAGAAAGACAGAAUUGCCUCUUCACAUCAAAGGCCUCCUCCAGCUACUGGGGCCCUGUGUU